AUGAAGACUGCACUGCUGCUAUCUGUAUUGUGCGCUGCCAUGGCAGUGACUGCAUCUUUAACUUGUGGAAGUGUCACCUGUGCAAUUGAUGAGGCUUGUAACAGCGGUGCCACUGACUGCCUGUGCAAUAACACUUACUAUACAUAUUCAGCUGCCAAUCCAUCUCCAAAUGUUACUUGUGAUGGAGGAAAAUUUAAUAUACUGGUGCCAAAGUGCUGGCUGGAAGAAAACCGUUUUAAUACAUCAGAUAUAAGGCUAGAAAGCGCCAGUUGUGUGGCCCAAAGAGAGGUUGUGAAUGGAAUAGCGCAGAUGGGUCUUCAUCAACCACUGGUCACUAAUGAUUGCGGCACUACUUCUGAGUCAAACACGACCCAUGUCAUAUACAGUAAUCGGCUGUAUAUUUCUGCCUGGACGGUUCCAGUUCAAGCACGAAACAAUGUUGUCUUGAACAUUUCCUGCACAUACCCGCUGGAUAUAAAUAACGUCGGUCUUAAUUUUUCACUGAACCCAACUAUUGGGAGCACAGAAAUAACCGUUCCUGGAUCAAGCGCAAGUUUUACAGUUAACAUGGUGGCCUAUACAGAGGACACCUUUACUACCGUUCUCUCAGCUGAUUAUCAACUGUACGUAGAAAAUACUAUCUACAUUUCAGUGAACAUACCAGGCCUGGAUUUUAACUCCUUUAGACUCAAAGUGGUAAAGAUUUAUGCCACUGGCGAUGCAUCAAAUACGACCCAGUACAAUCUUCUGGAGAAUGGGUGCCCAGCUACCGGUAUAACUGCUGACCUGCUAUCCGUGCUAUACAAUGGAAAUGCAACUGAAGCUCGGUUUCAAAUGAAAGUCUUCCAGAUUACUGGUUCUACCAAUAUCCGUCUCUCUGCCGAUGUUGUAGUCUGCAAAGCCACAGAUAAUUGUGUCCCGGUCUGCACCGCUCAAUCCAAAUCAGCUAAAUCCGAGGACGGUGGAGCAACCGUCAGUGUCAUUUUGCAACCAUCCGAACGCUUUGCAGAUUUCAGUUCUGCUAGCAGUUUCUCCAUGCCCUGGACUUUGCCUGCUCUGCUUUUCUCCUGGAUCUUGGUGAAGCUGAUGUAA